AUUUGUUCCUGACCUUCCAUUAAAAAUGUCCAAGCAGCAGCCUGCUCAGUUUACCAAUCCAGAAACCCCUGGCUAUGUUGGAUUUGCAAACCUUCCCAAUCAGGUUCAUCGGAAGUCUGUGAAAAAGGGGUUUGAAUUUACUCUUAUGGUGGUUGGUGAAUCUGGAUUGGGAAAAUCUACUUUAAUAAACAGCCUGUUCUUGACAGAUCUCUACCCGGAAAGGAUAAUCCCAGGAGCAGCUGAGAAAAUUGAACGUACUGUGCAGAUUGAAGCCUCAACGGUUGAAAUAGAAGAAAGGGGGGUGAAACUACGUUUGACGGUUGUAGAUACACCAGGAUAUGGUGAUGCUAUCAAUUGUCGAGACUGUUUUAAGACCAUAAUCUCCUAUAUUGAUGAACAGUUUGAACGAUAUCUGCAUGAUGAGAGUGGUUUGAACAGACGGCAUAUCAUAGAUAACCGGGUUCACUGCUGCUUCUAUUUCAUUUCACCAUUUGGUCAUGGUCUUAAGCCUUUGGAUGUUGAGUUUAUGAAGGCCAUACACAACAAAGUUAAUAUUGUACCAGUGAUUGCAAAAGCUGAUACGCUUUCUCUGAAAGAGCGAGAGAGGCUAAAGAAAAGGAUUCUGGAUGAAAUUGAAGAGCAUGGCAUCAAGAUUUAUCACCUACCUGAUGCUGAAUCAGAUGAGGAUGAAGAUUUUAAAGAGCAGACCAGACUCCUGAAGGCCAGUAUUCCAUUUUGUGUAGUAGGAUCCAAUCAACUGAUUGAAGCCAAAGGUAAAAAAGUUAGAGGUCGACUCUACCCCUGGGGUGUAGUUGAAGUGGAGAAUCCAGAACAUAAUGACUUCCUGAAGCUGAGGACCAUGUUAAUCACCCAUAUGCAAGAUCUUCAGGAGGUGACCCAGGAUCUUCACUAUGAGAACUUCCGCUCUGAGAGGCUCAAACGAGGCGGCAGGAAAAUAGAAGAUGAAGAAGUAAAUAAAGACCAGAUUCUACUUGAAAAAGAAGCUGAACUUCGUCGCAUGCAGGAGAUGAUUGCGAGAAUGCAGGCACAGAUGCAGAUGCAAAUGCAGAGUGGAGAGGGAGACAGCAGUGCAGUUCACGGACACCAUGUAUAAAGUCUUUGAUUACUUUAUACCCUGUUAAAGUAAAUAUUCUGGAGUUGAAUUAUGAUGGUGUUAUACAGGAAAGGAUGCCUUUUGCUCAACGUGUGACUUGGAGUUUGCUUUAGAGUUUAACAUGGAAAUGCAUUGUGGUAACUUUUGUGAUAUGUAUUUUAUAACAUGUAGUCAGUCAGUAUUUUAUAUAUUAUACACAUAGGACCUUGGUUCUGUUUACUAAUUCUUAUAUUGAGCUUAUUUUCAAUUUCCCAUUGUAUUAGGGAUACAAAGUAGACACUGAAACUUUUCUAGCCUGACUUGUCAUUAGUUGAUUUUUACUUUUUUUCUGUAUGGCUUAUUAGCCCUCUGCUUUUAACUUCUUAUUACAUUUAGAAAUUAGCAGCUGUCAGUGAUAUCUUGUUAUAGUCACCUAAUGAGGGAGCCCUGCAAUGCUAAUCUUAAUUUUGUAUUUUUUGUAGUGUUUACAGGUUUAUGUCUGUGAGAUACUCGGCCCUCCUUUUGCUCCUGCUCAGUGCAGCAGGUGAUUUUCUUGCCCUCUGCUAUUAUCUAAUUAAAAUUCAGGCAUGCCUUGUGUCUUAACAAGAAGAGGAAAUGCCUCUUUAAGGGGCACACUGUAUUCUAUAUGACAGGCAUUAUUUCCUUCAGAUUUAACCUUGAGGGAGGUACCAUCCUUAUUGCUUGCCUGUAAUCUUUUACUCUAUUGCAAAUACUUUUAAUACUUUUUAAGAGUUUCUUGUAGAUCAGCACAAGUCAAUACUGCUAUUUUCUGGCAUUACUGUAGCAAAAUAAACUAGAAUAGUGUUGGUAUCGGCAAAUGAAGUAAACCCCAAAGAGCAGUUUUCCAUGCCUAGGUGUUUCCCAUAAUCAAAAUGACAGUAAGUAAAAUAAUUCUUACUGAGUUUUCAUACUAUUUUUAGGGCAUUGCAAACAGUUAAUUUUAGUAUAAAAUACGUACUAGCACACUCCUCUUCUUUUAGAGUGAUCCGUGCCUGACAGGAUCAAUGCAAACUGUAUUUUAAGGUCCUGCUCCAAGAUGGAGUUAGCAGUAUUAUUUUUGAAGUGACUCUGAUAUGUUACAUGCUUUUUUAGGCCAAGGUCACUUUCCUUAAUGCGAAUAGUAAGGGAGCCUUUUUUUGCCCUUGGCUAGACUUUUUCGACCUAGCAUGGCUUGUAUUGUAGCUGCAGCACGUAAAAACAACUGUAGUAUACAGCUACGUAUGCAGUAGCUGAUGAGGUAAGCAGAAAUACACCCUGCUUGGCUUUUCUACUGCUUUUGAUAAAGCCAGCAAUCAGAUUUCCUGAUGUGAUCUGUUACAAAACGUUGUUAUCUGAACAGCUUAUACAUAGAUAGAAUUAUGACCUUUUUCUCUUCUUUGAGCUCAGGUACAGUAGUGACUUUUAUAAAAAUAAAUAAAUUUUUAACGUUUCUUUGAAAAAAGGAAUAGGACUUAUACAGUUAAUGUAUAUUUUCAGUGGUACUGAAAUGGCUAGAUUAAAUAUCAGCUUGCUUCGUAACUGAAAUUUUUAUCUUCCCAAAACUACUGUUUAUGAAUUUUGUAAUAUUUGAAUCUUUUUAAAAAUGUGAAGUAAAAUCCUUCAUCAUAGGCUUUGCUAGGAAGCUCCAGUGCUCUCCUCAAAAGCAAUUAUUCUCAAAGUUUUGCACAUCACUCUUUUAGUCUUCCCUCAUCAUGACAAAAGUGAAAACAAGGACCUUUUUAUAUUUUUAGAUGCAUAGAAGUAUUAAGUUCUGUUUUGUCGAGUAAGUACAUAUUAAACAUAUUUAGAAAUGCAUGUUUUUUCCAUAUUUUUGUCUUGCCUUUCCUAAACAACAUGUAGAAAGAAAAACGUUGCAAUAUUAUCAGAAAACAACAUUCCACGGCACUUCUUUCUAAAUCUUUUGACACAUUUUGUGAAUCGGUUGUCAUAAAUAUACCAAAAGACCUAUAAACUCAAAUCAUUAAGUACUUUGGAAAGUCCCACACUGUUCUUCAGUUGCAGCAACUCUGGUUUUGUUUUGACACUGUAGCAUUUGUGUACUUUUAAGCUAUUUGUCUGAUAUCUGUUACAUAUUUUGGAUAUAGCAUGCUCCAGGUGCUGUCCACUUUGCCAAGGAGAACUACUCCAUGACAUUUCUGGUUUUACAUACAAGGUUACUGCGGUAUUGUAAGCUGCAAUAGUACUAUGAAGCAGUACUUGAAGAAGAACUGUGAAAUCUAAAAUGUAUGCAAAGGGGGACCAGUUCUACGCGUAACCCUCUGUGUAUGUUUGUUUGAUGGUCUCUUUUCCUGUUUUUUCUGCUUAUGCUAACAUGGGAACAAAAGCAGAUUGUCCCUGCAUUUAGUGCUGUAUUAUAGUUUGGUCACUACCUGUGGAAUUGUUUAGGCAAUGUGUUUAUUCUUUGAAAUAGGUAUGUAUCUAUUAAAAUAUUUCAUCAUGA